CUAAAUUUUUCAAAAAAAUACCCGUUGGCAACAGCAUUUAUUGCUCCAACAGCCAUUUUUUUGAAAAUUUGGACGUUGGAAACCUUUUUCCCUAUAAAUUGGGACUCCCUCUCUUCACUUUUACACACACAAACACAAAUCUCUUCAAUCCCCUUGCAUAUUUCAUCUUCUCUAAUCUUUUUCUUGAGAAAUCUUCAUCAUGGGCAAAGAUAAGGGCAGGGCAGGAACUUCCGGCAAAUCCAAGUCCAAAUCCCGGGCACCGGCAACCAAUUCCGAGGAGCGCCUCUACUGUGGCGACGGGUCGUACCUCUGGUUCGAUUCCGAGGAGGAGCGAACCCGUUUCCUCACUUUCUUCUCUAAACGGGUUGUGGCUCCCCCGCGAAUCGUCCCGGAGCGCUUCCCCGAGCUGCAGGGCUACGACGAUUUAGACGCGCAGCUCCAUCAAGCCGGCCUAUGGCCGUUCGUCUCCCGGGCUCGGAAAGAGAUCAACCCGGCGCUGAUCAGGGCCUUCUACUCCAACCUCCGGCGUGAGGACGACGUGCUCUACUCUCUUGUCAAGAGCACGCCGAUUGAGCUUUCCAUUGAGCAGCUUGGGCGCAUCGCCGGCCUCCCCUACCAAGGCGACGACGUCUCCCACUAUGGCGGAGAGGACUGGGUGCUCAACAACGAGGGCCUUAUUCUCAACGAGCUUGGCAUCACCGAGCUCAUCCGCCAUGCCUCAGGCCGCCCCACCAUCCACUCCGCAACCCCCGAGAGCCGGCUCCUUCUCUACAUUGUGUCCCAAAUCAUCAAGCCCCGGAAGCAUGGGCACACGAUCAUGUCCGCUGAGGACCUCAAGCUCAUCUAUGCGAUCAUGCACACGGCCCCGAUCAAUUGGGCAAAAUUUGUCAUGAUCAACAUGUCGGUCGCCGCGUCCACCGACCACGAUCACCUCCUCCCAUACCCGUUUGUGGUGAUGGACAUCCUUGAACGGUUCAAGGUAACCACCACUGUUGGCCCGCUCACAAAGGCCACGAAGCUUUGGACGAUCAGCACCCAAACCUUCACCAAGCGGUCGGACAACGCCGCGCCUGCCACUGCCGCGCCACGCCGCACUGCCCCUGCCGCUGGCCCAGCCGAACCCCAGGCCCGGGCCAACCUCGCCGACUCCCUCAACCGGCUACACUUCAAAGUUGACGGGAUGGAUGGCUACCUUGAGCGGCUCGACGAAGCGGUCCAACGCCAAGGGUACGCCAUGAACGCGUACUUCCAACGCGUUAACUACGUCCCCCCACCGUACCAUGGCACAUUCUUUGGGCAAGUGUACGGUGACGAGGACGAAGACGAUGCCUCCUAUGCCCCGUCAAGCUCCCCGGACGAAGAUGAGUUCGACGAUGCCAUCGAUGGGGAUUAGAUGGACGUCGACGACGAGGAGGAGGAAACCGAAGACGAAGACUAGGACACCCCUAGAAUUUCUAUCUCUCCUUAUUUGUGUCCUGUUUUUUUAAUCGCUUCCGUUGUACUCCGCUAUUUCCCAAUUUAAAUAAAAUUAUCUUUUAUCUUUUUGUUAAUGUCAAAAGGGGGAAGAAAAGGGUUAUGCAUAC